CCCCGCCGCGGCCGCGCCGGGCUUAAAAACCUUCGCCGCCGGGCGGCGGAGUUACAAAGGGCUCGGCUGCCUCCUUUGUCCUGGAUUGGGGAGUCGCGAGCCUCCGUCGCCAUUGGCUUUCCUCCCCCAGCUCCAGCCUCUCUCAUCUCGGGAAUCUGCGUCAGAAGUCACUCGCAGUCCUGCCAGCCCAGAAGUAGAGCAGAACACUGGCAAUUGUGAGACCUCGUGAAAAACUGCAGUGAGGAAGAUGAAGCUCCCGAUUUUCAUUGCAGACGCAUUCACAGCAAGGGCAUUUUGUGGGAACCCUGCAGCUGUCUGCCUCCUGGAAAAUGAACUAGAGAAUGAUACAUACCAAAAUAUUGCAAAGGAAAUGAACCUGUCUGAAACCGCUUUUAUCCGAAGAUUGAGUCCAACAGACAACUUUGCCCAAAGUUCCUGCUUUGGACUCAGGUGGUUUACCCCGGCAAGUGAAGUCCCGCUGUGUGGCCAUGCUACCCUUGCUUCUGCCGCUGUGCUGUUUUACAAAAUGAGUAAUGUGAAUUUCUUUAAGCAGAGUGUCACUGUGCUCUUCCUGGUAGGAAGACACAGCGGCGGUGUUUAUGUCAUACAAGUGCAGAAAACAAUGCUUCAUGAGUACUUCCUUCUCUUUUGUGGGAUCAAGGCCUUGGCCCUAAGUGUGUUCCUGAGGAGUUUUUGUCUCCUUGCACAGACUGCUAUAGGUGACACCCUGGUCCAAGAUAUCCAGUAUUCUCCAGACACCCACAAUCUCCUGGUCCGGCUCAGUGAUUCUUAUAAAAGGUCAUUUCUAGAGACCCUGAAGGUGAACACAGAGAAUCUGCCUCACAUUGAAAAUACAGGAAAGGUGAAAGGACUCAUUCUCACCCUGAAAGGAGAGCCUGGUGGGCAGACCCAAGCAUUUGACUUCUACUCCAGAUAUUUUGCUCCAUGGUGGGAUGUGGCUGAGGACCCCGUAACAGGAUCUGCACACACUAUCCUCAGCAGCUACUGGUCCCAGCAGCUCGGGAAGAAACAAAUGCGUGCCUUUCAGUGUUCCAGACGAGGAGGAGAACUGAACAUUGCUCUGCGACCGGAUGGACGAGUGGAUGUGAAGGGUGCAGCUACUGUGGUUUUAGAGGGCACGCUGAUGGUCUAGACAGGCUGUACUAGCAUGCCGCUGUCUCUGAGGACAAAGUGUUUUCUGCAUGAAAAGAAAAAGGCUGCCUUUAGCAAGCCUGCCUAGUAGUCCACUCAAUCCUCACGUGAAAAAUAGAAAAAGAAAGACAUAGCCAUGGAAAUGUAAUAAUGCUUCCAGAAUAAUUAACUAAGGGAAUUUUAAAAACUCUAGUUGAGAUGGUAGCAACUCGAAUAAUGUUAUCUCUUUUGAUGAUAAUACCAAAGAAUGCAGGGGGAGGGAAUAUAUUGGGAAGAGUGAGAAGCCAUGUAAAUUUAGGUGUGAAUGCCUUAUAGAAUAUCUGUGGGCCUUUGAAAGAUUGUGAGGAUAUAGAGAAAGCUAUUUUAUGAUUUAAUGCCAAGAAAAAAAAGUACAAGCCAGGUGACCAAGCCUGUAAUCCUAGCUACUUAAGAGUCUGAGAUAGGAGGAUG